GUGUUCUUGAGAAGUGCCUGCCCUUUGAAGCUCAGGAAGGACAUGAGGAGUAAAAGGCCCUGGGAUCUCAGUGGUCAGAAUGAAACAGAUGUUGAAAGAUUUUUCAAAUCUAUUGUUAGUAGUGCUCUGUGACUAUGUUCUCGGUGAAGUGGAAUACCUCCUCUUGGAGCGUCCAGAUCAUGUAGCCUUCAGCAAUGACACGGUCUCUGUGGAGUAUCGGUACUAUGAUGGUGGUAAUGUGACAGCAGAGAAUAUAUCCAUCCUAUUGCUCGAUGCCAGUAGCAACCAGAUCAUUGCAAGAAAAGAACUUCCAGCAAAUCAGUCACAUGGGAUGGUAGAGUUUGAGUGUUUCUACUUCAAGAGCGCUGGGGACUUUUGGUUCAGAAUGGUCUCUCCAAAUGAUAAUAGUGGUGACGUACCCUGGAAUGAAAGAAGAAUGUCCACCCUCCAUGUGCAGUGGCCUGUAUUUCACAUUGAUUUGAAUAAGACCUCAGAGGUGCUUGGAAGCUCCCUUCAGGUUGGACUUUUCACAAAUGAACAGUUGUGUGCCCUGAAUGAAAUGGUAGUUUCACUGGAUGUGAUUUUCAGCAGCACUCUUUAUGAACUAGGAAAAUUAAGCUCUGAUGAGACACUGGGCAUUAGAACUAGAAAAGGAAUUUUGCUGUCUAGAUCCCAGUGGGUAGAGUUUGAUUGUCCACCUGUUGGUCAAGAAAUGUAUAUCACUGUGUUGCUGAGAUCACUAGAAACACAUUCAGUCAUUGCCUCCAUGGGACCCAUAGACCUCCUGCACAAAUUUGGAUACAAACUUGUGGUGGCACCAGAAGCAACAUGCAAAACUUUGGUUCAGGUCUUUGUGGUCUCCCCACCAUGCACUUCUACCAGUGGAAAGAUUGCUGUCUAUAAAGAGGCUCUCAAGCAUCCUAGCCAAAGAACAACUUGGCUGUAUGAAAACACUAUUCACCCAGGAGACAACAGGACAGAAUUUAACUGCACUUUGUUUGAUGUGGGGAAGAACAAAUACUGCUUUGACCUCUUUAGUUUCUCAAACCGAAGCCAUUUCUCAACCAGAGUUAAGGAGUGUAUGAUGAUCCAAAGGAAUAUGGAGCCGUGGAGCCCGUGGCAGCCGUGGAGCGCGUGCAGCGUGACCUGCGGCGACGGCGUCCGCGAGCGCUUCCGAGAGUGCCCCGCGUCGCCGGCGGGCGGAGCGCGCUGCGCCGGGCCGCCGACGGAGACGUCCCCGUGCUCGCUCGAGCGCUGCUCCCCUAUCAAGGCUCCCACCCCACCUUCUGUCGAGCCAGGAGAGGACCAGAAAGCCAACAAUAUAGUCACCAUCACGGGUAUCUCCCUGUGCUUGUUCAUCAUCUUUGCCACGGUUCUCAUCACGCUGUGGAGGAAGCUCUGCAGAGCUCCCAAGUGCAGCGCGGCCGCGCGCCGAAGCUCCGUCCAUUCCCCCGGCGGCCGGAAGAACUCGGACGAGGAGAACAUCUGCCAAGGCAACCAGCAGCGGGACAGCUUCACCGAAGGGGCCGAUGCCCCUGUGAGCAUCCCUCUGACCUACAGGCGAAGCCUCCAGCUUGCCCAGGAAGACGAUGCCUCCGGAAGUGAGAAUUUUCAGGUGAAUGCCCAAAAAAUUAUCCCUCCCAUUUUCAGCUAUCGCCUCGCACAGCAGCAGCUGAAAGAGAUGAAGAAGAAAGGCCUGACGGAGACCACCAAGGUGUACCACGUCUCCCAGAAUCCCCUCACAGACACGGUCCUUGGUGCCACCACGAUGCUUCCCUUGAGCACAGAAAACCAAGAGGAGGCAGCAGCAAACAAAUUCAGGAUCAAAUCUCCAUUUCUGGACCCAGCAGCCGGUCAGCCCAAAUUCCCAGGGGAAAGCUCUAACCCAAGGCUGGAUUUUCCAUUCUCACAGGCCAAUCCUGCCAUGAGCCCUACCCAGACCUUGAUAAGAAGAGCUCAUUUCAAGCACCAGGAUAACAGAGGGGAGUCAUCAGAGAGGGGCUGUCACAGAAACCCACAUUUUAGAAGAACGGCCAGUUUCCACGAGACUAAAAAGGCCAGGCCUUUCAGGGAGAGAAGCAUGUCCACCCUCACGCCUCGACAGACUCCUCUCUAUAGCUCCCGGACCAGAACGUGGGACCAGGCUUUGGAAGACAGGAUGAGGCCCAAGCUGAGAAACGCGAAUCCAGCUGGUGAAAAGCCGGAUCAGUCCCAUUGCCCCGCGCUGCCGUGCGAGCCGCAGGGCCACGGCACCAGGUGCCAUCAGAAGACGUGUCCCUCGGGGAAGAGGCUGGAUGUGGCCGCCGAGCGCCAGCCUGGCGGUCAGGAGAGAGCAGCAGAUAAAGCCGAGCCCAGCCGAAAUAAGAGGGGCCCUUCCCCUAACCCCCGAGGCGCGUGGCGCAGGGAGCCGGUGCCUCCAACUUCCAGGGACACCCACCAGAGAGGCCGAGCCGCCAGCCCCGUGCUGCUCCGAAAGGACAAGUGCCAGAGCUUCCCGCUGGACUCUGACUUUGCCUUUUAUGAUAACACUACUUUCGGCCUAAGCGAGGCAGAGCAGCGAAUGAUCGACCUCCCCGGGUAUUUUGGCUCCAAUGAGGAGGAUGAAGCGAGUACUCUGAGUGUUGAGAAGCUGGUGAUCUGAGCGCCCCGGCGUAGCCCUGCGGGAGCGCGCAAGAGCGUUCGCCAGAUCUCAUGGCUGCUGCUGGAAGGAGCAGAGGGAUCACGUUCCCUCCAUUGGGAAGAGGAGGGAGUUCCCAAAGUCUGUGUGCGGACACGUUCCUUUCUAAUUACUGUCAAGUGCUUCCAUGUAAUUAUGUUGUGUAUGUGUGUGUGUGAAGUACAUGCAUAAUACCCUGGGAAAGCACGUGGUGAUGAAGGCUUCACACAGGAAUGAUCUAGUAGGCUUUGUGUUACAUUCCAUUCGUCAUCCACCGUGGAUCCUAUCGACCUCCCCUCGUUCACUUGUGGACCUUGUGCUGGUGGAUUAUGAUGUCCAGACACAUCCGCUCUCCAGGAUCCUCGAGCAACGUUGCUAGCUAGAGAAUUAUCUCCCAUUUAGAAAGCACAAAGUUGUAGGCAGUUUUCAUCGUUUCUUUUGUAGAGAUUCUGGAGUGUCGCUGAUGGGUUGUAAUUGCUCAAGUAAGUCCUGUGGGGCUGUGUCUUCCAGCUGCUUGGAUGAAGUUGCAGACAUUUGAUCCUCAAUGCCUGGUAUGCAUUGAGGGGGUAUUUCUCAUCAUUCAGGGGCUUUGAUAUUCUAUUUCUGCCAAUAUUUAUAUAAAGAAAACACAAUCAUGUACAAAUAUCUGCAGGAAAUUAAUAGAAAAAGGUAUGUUCCUGGGAGGGCCAAAGAGAAUUGAUUAAGAGAUUUUAACCUUUACAGAAAUAUUAUCGGAGCAUUUAAGCCCCUGUGAAAGAGACCUGUUUAAUCUCCCAUCCUUUCUGUAAUCAUCUUUACCUUUGUUAAACGUUUCCUUUUUGUGCGUGUAAAAAAGUUGACAGUGAUACUACUGUAGCGAGCUCAAAA